UUGUGCAACACGUGUUCGUUGAAACCAACUUCUGGGCUUGCUUCGCUCUUCCUGCCUAUGCAGCUUUUCGCUCCUCAUAAUAAAAAGCCCAGCUGACGAUGGAUCAUUUUCUUUCUUGUGCUCCGUUCUAGGUUAAUGAUUCCUAUUAAACGGAAUAUAGCUGAGCAGCUUGAUCUGUUUGGGAAGCAAGGAAGCCACGCCAAUAGGCCCGUACCCCCACAUUUGGGGAAGCGAGGAAGGAACACAUGGAAGUGAGGUCAGGUAGCUUCAGGAACGGCUGAAUAAGCGUCCAGGAGCGAAAUGCCAGGCUGUCGCAGAGAUGGCCCUUGGGUCAAAAGAUCCACGUGCUUUGGGCAAGCGGCAGGUCCCGUGGCGCCCGCUUUCUUAAGGCACAACACCGUUUGAAAACUUCCUUCCGUCCCAUCACCGCUGCGCUUUCCCGUGCAGGGCUAGGUUUGGAAAGGACCCUGCUGCGCCUUCCGGAUUGUCUUCCGAGCGCCUGCUCCACCUGCAGAGGCAUCAUCGCAAGGCAACGCGCUGCGAAGAGCCCGGCGCCGUUGAUCUAGGGGGAGGCACUGAAAGCGGAAAAGGCCAGGGCAAGGAAGCGAGGAGGGAGAGCGCGCUUUGCGCUUUGGUUACAGGUCUACGCCCGCAGGCAUGGACAACGCCUCUAGAACUGGGCAUCCAGUGGGAUGAAGCGCCGCUGCGGUUGGUGUCUCUAGAUCGGCUCGUUUCUCUCUGCUGCUGCUGAAAGGGCGAUCCUCUCUGCUAUCUGUUCAUUCCCCCGCCCACCCCUUUCCCUUUUUUGGAUGGACGCAAAGUAAUCUCUUCCCCCACCCCAUCCCAUGCAGCUACAAACAGCAGCCGUAGGAUCUCAUCCCUCCCCAGUUUGGAGAGCUCCACAGCGACUUCAAGCCGAUUCCUUUUGAAACAUCAAGAGUGCAACUUGCGUUUCCAAGCAUGGGCUAUGCGAUCAGAAGCCAGGGGCUGGCUCAUUUCCCCCUGAGCUUCGAAUAACUGAGUGGAUUGGAGAUAUUUGGGAAAUAAGUUUUCAGAGGUGACUCGAGGAGUUAAGUCCGGCGGUUCAGCACGAAACAGCAAAUGUCCGCCGUAUUCUUCUCCAGAAAGAAGCCUUUUUCAUCCAUUUUUAUUCGACUGUGGCACACCAAGGAAUGAAUAAAGACAGACGUCUGCACCUGGAAACAAGAGGCUGCUCUAUGCUUCUCCUCCCAGAAAUCCUUUGGCAGUUAGUCCACCAUCUCAUCUUGGGUGUCGGCAAGCAGAGCCUUGAUGUCUGGGACUGGCAGUAGAGUAUUGUUAAUGUGUCUGUUCAGCUGUACAGCUCUCUUAUCUGUUUUCAUCAAAGGAAGUAUUUGACUAAACAUAGAUUGAACAAAAGCCACCAAACACAUAUGGAGAAAGGAGUUAAUUCUUUGUGUUGCAUUUGGUGCUGCCGCCUCAUUUUACCUGUUGGAAAUAAUGCAUCCAGUUCCUCCAGUUCUUCUUUUCAACUUGGCUAUAAAGGAUCAAGAAGAAUCAUGACUGAAAGAGUCUGUGGAUGGCUACUAGCUUUGCUUUCAGCACCACUAUAUCAAGUCUUCAAGUGACAACUAUCAUUUUUGUGCCAUAGCACAUGGAUUUCAGGACUGCCUGUGAAGAGACAAAGACAGGGAUUUGCUUGCUGCAGGAUGGUAACCAGGAGCCUUUCAAAGUGCGGCUGCACUUAGCCAAAGAUAUUUUGACAAUUCAAGAACAGGAUGUGAUCUGUGUAUCUGGAGAACCUUUCUAUUCUGGUGAAAGAACUGUAACAAUUAGAAGACAAACUGUUGGGGGAUUUGGAUUAAGUAUAAAGGGAGGAGCAGAGCAUAAUAUUCCAGUGGUUGUUUCCAAAAUUUCCAAAGAGCAACGAGCGGAACUCUCAGGCUUGCUGUUCAUAGGAGAUGCAAUUCUGCAGAUUAAUGGAAUUAAUGUAAGAAAAUGCAGGCAUGAAGAAGUGGUUCAAGUCCUUCGGAAUGCUGGAGAAGAGGUGACCCUAACUGUGUCCUUUCUCAAAAGAGCUCCUGCAUUUCUCAAAUUGCCACUCAAUGAGGAUUGUGCAUGUAUUCCAAGUGAUCAAAGUAGUGGCACAUCAUCACCUCUGUGUGACAGUGGCUUACAUCUUAACUACCAUCCCAACAAUACGGACACACUUUCGUGUUCUUCAUGGCCUACAUCUCCGGGGCUUAGAUGGGAGAAGAGGUGGUGUGAUCUUCGAUUAAUCCCGCUCCUUCACUCUCGAUUCUCCCAAUAUCUCCCAGGUUCAGAUAUGUGCAGGCAAAAUGCAUUCCAGGUCAUUGCUGUGGAUGGCGUUUGCAGUGGAAUCAUUCAGUGUCUCUCUGCUGAAGACUGUAUCGACUGGCUACAAGCAAUAGCAACGAAUAUUUCCAACCUCACAAAGCACAAUAUUAAAAAAAUCAACAGGAAUUUUCCCGUAAACCAGCAGAUAGUCUACAUGGGAUGGACAGAAGAACGAGAACAAGACUCUCUUCAGGACCGAAUGUAUACACCAAAGUUUCUAGCAUUGAGGGGUUCUUCACUUUAUAAAUUUAUAGCACCUCCAGUUACUACGUGGGACUGGACACGGGCUGAAAGAACAUUUUCUGUAUAUGAGAUUAUGUAUAAAAUACUCAAGGACAGUGAUCUGCUGGACCGACGGAAACACUGCUUUGGUGUCCAGUCUGAAACUGGAGAGGAUCUCUACUUUUCUGUAGAAUUAGAAUGUGACCUCACACAAUGGGAAAAGGCUUUCCAAUCAGCAACAUUUUUAGAAGUGGAACGAAUACAGUCCAAGACAUAUGCCUGUGUUCUGGAGAGUCAUCUUAUGGGGCUUACCAUUGACUUUGGCAUGGGUUUUGUAUGCUUUGAUGCAGCAACCAAGGCUGUACUAUGGAGGUACAAGUUUUCCCAGCUUAAAGGGUCUUCAGACGAUGGCAAGAGCAAAAUCAAAUUUUUGUUCCAAAAUCCAGAUACUAAGCAGAUUGAAGCAAAGGAGCUGGAGUUUUCCAACCUGUUUGCAGUCUUGCAUUGUAUCCACUCAUUCUUUGCUGCCAAAGUAGCCUGUUUGGACCCUCUCUAUGUUGGUAGUCAAGCCACAGCUUCUUCUUCUGCUGCCGCUGCUGCUACCGCUACAGCUGCUGUUCCUGCAUCUUCUGGCACUAGCAAACUCAAGUUUAUGACUUGAUGUUUCCCAUUCCUGCACUUGCCACUUUCCAGGAGUACAUAACACUAUAUAUAAAUAUUCAUCAGACUAGUCCCUUGGAGAACAGCAGGCAUGAGGAACUCAAGAUAUGCGUGGCAGUUUCCAGCAGAGUAUGGUCACAUGGGAUCAUAUAUUAAAUCUCAAUUUUGCAAGGUGUCAGUAGACAAUCCAAGCAGUAAUCCCUGAAGUGGAUGAAAUGUUUUUAGUAUCAUCUGAUUGUGCUUGGAAUGACACGGAAGCAGAAGAAACAAAAACAAGUGACACAAUGCUCUACUUAAGUAUUUAAUACAAUUUCCAAGUCUCCAUAAUAAUACACAAAGAACUGCCAUUUUCUUGUUUCCAGGUGUUUUUAUAUGACAACUUACUGAGCUCUGGAUCUGAACUAAUGUCUUCUUGUUAUACAGUAAAUGACUUAAUGGAAAGCAAGAGGCAUAUGGCGCACUGCAGCAAGCAAGUGAACACAAAAAGAUGCUACUAUCUCUCCUUAGAAAAGAAGCACCUUAAAGCAUCAUUACAAAUUCAUGUUUGUGCUGUUUCAACAUUGAAUUAUGCUCUUUCUUUAUUUUGCUUUCAUUUCAUUUUUGUAAUAGUGAUGAUAAAAGUAUAGCCAUAUUAGUCCAACAGGUUUUUUUUAAGAAAAUAAACAUAACAAAGCCAUCUGCUACUGAAGCCUCUCCUACUUGAACCAGUUAGAACUAGUUCUUACAAGCAUCUUAUGAGGUAAACCUGUGUGUGGUGUGUACAACUUUAGACUGAGCAUGGGGCUCAGAAAAUUCAGUGUUCCUCUCUACAAACAAAAAUAUCUGCAGAAAAAUAGAUGCCAGCAAGACUGGUUUUAGCAUCAUCUUAUCCCUUACAUCCUACCUUUUGGUAUGUGAAUAUUUUUCAUGCAGGCACAUUUAAUCAUGUGUGUCCCAAUCUGCAGCCAGAAGUGGUACAGUCUACACAGAGUCUUACUGCUUCAUCUGCUGUUUGUGAAAACUAGGCCUUAACUCUGGAGCUGUUCCAUGGAGCUAACAGAAUUACAUGGAAGUAGUUCUAUUAGUUCUUACACAGAAGUUGUGGCUUCAUGGCCUUAAAUCCACAAAAUGUUUUCUUUCUGAUGAAUUUUUUCUUUUGUUAGUGAAAAUCUGCUAUAUGGUUUUAAUUAUGAAUUCAUUUAGAAGCCAAUAUUAAACAUGUUUCAUUAUGCUUUUUGUUCAGUUUUAUGGAGAAGUGUCUUAAUCUACCGGGCUUUGUUCUCCAAUCCCAAGUGUUAUAUUUUGUUACAGGCACAAUAAAGGUCACAUGAGACUUCA